AUGCCCAGCGACACCGAGAACGACUCCGCCGAAAUGGCCAGGCCCCGUCCAACCCUGAAGCCAAAGCCAGGAACCCCUCCACGAAAACCCACCAUCUUCCAAUCCAACGCAUCCAAUCCCGAUUUCGUCCCCGGCUACUCCGUCCUACGCGUCGAACAAGUCAAGCACAUGAGCAACUCAAGAGACAAGACCCGACUCAUGAACUCCAUCGUCGACGACAUCGUUGCAAGCGUCUCCUCUAUCAACGAGUAUCACCGAAACGGCAUCCUCAGCGACGACAACAUCUUCCAAGUCUCAACCAUGAUGCAGUGCAUGGGACAGAACAAUCUCAAGAUGCAGGAUCGAUUGGAGGAUAUGAUUACCAGACUCAAGAGACAGAACACUCAAAAGCACCAGAAUUACAUGGAGCUCGCGCAAAGUAUGGAUGUCAUGGGCCAGAUGUACGCGAAUAAAGUUGACUGGUUGGAGCAGCAGGUGAGGGUGUUGAAGGAGCGGGUUGCGUCUGUGGAGGCGCAAGGACGCCCGUUCCAGUCACAGAAGCAAUUAGAUGACCGCAUUGAGCACUAUUCUCGUUAUCUCGAGGAGAAGGCACAAAAGGAGUUCGAUGAACGCGCUGAGCGCGUUAAUCGGUAUUGUGAGGAGAUGAGGAAGAAUCGGGGCUAUGAUGGUCAGGAGCAGAUGGUUCAGGAUGAGGACAAUGCUGAUGGAGAGUGGGAGGAGGAUAACAUCAAGGAGGAUGGGCUCAUGAAAGGACUGUGA